UUGCAUAAAUCGUUCUACGCCAGAUUCAAAUCAUUAUGUAAAUUCUGAAAUUUGUGCGUAAAAUCCAUAUAUUUAAAUUCGAAACGGACACCCCUAUGUGUAAAAAUAGGUUAGACCCAUCCAUACACGGUAAUCUGCACUGUUGACUAUCUACUACGUUCUCUUGUGUUUGAGCGUGUAGGAAAACUCGAGGCUCUUUAGCCUAACACUUUACUUUGUAUCUUUCGAUCUACCUUGGAUUACAGGCCUAAGGUGUCGGGCAUUGUGUCAAAGGGUCCAAAUAAUCGUUUUUUUUAUGUAUCAUUUGUGAUAGUUUGGAUUUAUACCUUUGAUCUCCAUUCAACAUGGAGCAAGCACAUAUAAAGUCCGUUGAUGAAGUGUGUUCAUAUUUUGGUGUUGACGAAGAAACUGGACUUAACGAAGAACAAAUAAAGAAGAGUAGAGAAAAGUAUGGUCCUAAUGAAUUGCCUGCCGAGAUCGGUAAACCUCUAUGGGAGCUUAUAUUAGAACAAUUUGAUGAUUUGUUAGUGAAGAUUUUGUUGUUAGCAGCAUGUAUAUCAUUUGUGUUAGCUUGGUUUGAAGAAAGUGAGGAACAAGUAACAGCCUUUGUGGAGCCCUUUGUGAUAUUGGUCAUCUUAAUAUGCAACGCUGUCGUAGGGGUAUGGCAGGAACGAAAUGCAGAAGAUGCUAUAGAAGCAUUAAAAGAAUACGAGCCCGAGAUUGCCAAGGUGUUUCGAAAGAAUACGCGAGGUGUACAAAGGAUCCGCGCCAGUCUGCUGGUUCCAGGAGAUGUUGUUGAAAUCUCAGUGGGAGACAAAGUGCCGGCAGAUGUCAGGGUGACUACAAUCCAUUCCACCACCCUGCGCGUGGACCAGUCUAUUCUGACGGGAGAGAGUGUCAGCGUGCUCAAACAUGCUGACCCCAUCCCUGACCCCCGGGCUGUCAACCAGGACAAGAAAAACAUAAUCUUUUCUGGAACAAACAUUGCUGCUGGCAAGGCUAGAGGAAUCGUCAUCGGAACAGGACUGAACACUGAGAUUGGCAAGAUCCGUAAUGAGAUGAUGGACACAGAGACAGAGAAGACUCCCCUGCAGCAGAAACUGGACGAGUUCUCCAAUCAACUCUCCAAGGUGAUCACUGUCAUCUGUAUCGCUGUCUGGGCCAUCAACAUUGGACACUUCAACGACCCCGCACACGGAGGUUCAUGGAUGAAGGGAGCCAUCUACUACUUCAAGAUCGCCGUUGCCCUGGCCGUGGCUGCCAUCCCUGAGGGUUUGCCAGCUGUCAUCACAACCUGUCUCGCUCUCGGCACACGUAGAAUGGCCAAGAAGAAUGCAAUUGUGCGAAGCUUGCCAUCCGUGGAAACCCUAGGCUGUACAUCCGUCAUCUGCUCAGACAAGACGGGCACACUGACCACCAACCAGAUGUCUGUCUGCAGGAUGUUUCAAUUCAGCAAAGUAGAGGGCGGGAGCAUUGAGAACCAGCAGUUCGAGAUCACUGGAUCUACAUACGCCCCUGACGGAGAUGUGUACCUUGGUGGAAAGAAGGUGAAGGGCAGUGACAUUAGCGGCCUGGAGGAGCUGAUGACCAUCUGUGCCAUGUGUAACGACUCAAGUGUGGACUACAAUGAGACAAAGGACAUCUAUGAGAAGGUGGGUGAGGCCACAGAGACAGCUCUCUCAGUGCUCGUUGAGAAGGUCAACUUCUACAACACGGACAAGGUCGGUCUGAACAAGCGCGAGAAGGGUGUGGCUGCCCAACACGUCAUCCAGCAGAUGUGGAAGAAGGAGUUUACGCUCGAGUUCUCACGUGAUCGGAAAUCCAUGAGCGUCUACUGCUCACCAAACAAGCCUACCCGCACUCCUGGUGGAGCGCGCAUGUUCUGCAAGGGAGCCCCUGAAGGUCUAUUGGACCGCUGCACACACGCAAGAGUGGCUGGUAACAAGGUCCCCAUGUCACCCACAAUCAAGGAAGAGAUCAUGAAGCACGUCAAAGCCUACGGAACUGGUCGUGACACCCUUCGUUGCCUAGCCCUGGCAACCAUCGACGCCCCACCUCGCCGUGAGGACAUGGAUCUGGAAGACUCACGCAAGUUCAUCGAGUAUGAGACAAACAUGACAUUUGUCGGAGUGGUGGGGAUGUUGGAUCCCCCUCGUGAGGAAGUGGCCAUCUCCAUCAAGGACUGUCGGGCUGCUGGUAUCCGCGUUAUCGUCAUCACUGGUGACAACAAGGCUACUGCUGAGGCUAUCUGUAGAAGAAUCGGAAUCUUCAGUGAGACCGAAUCAACGGAGGGUCUGUCAUUUACCGGCCGUGAGUUUGACGAUUUGGCCCCUGAGGAUCAGCGCGCAGCAGUUAUGAGAGCCCGUCUGUUCGCCCGUGUCGAGCCCACACACAAGAGCAAGAUUGUUGAGUACCUGCAAGCCGAGGGAGAAAUCUCCGCUAUGACUGGUGAUGGUGUGAAUGACGCCCCUGCCCUCAAGAAGGCUGAGAUCGGUAUUGCCAUGGGUUCUGGUACAGCUGUGGCCAAGUCAGCUUCCGAAAUGGUGCUGGCUGAUGACAACUUCGCCACCAUUGUUGCAGCUGUUGAGGAGGGUCGUGCCAUCUACAACAACAUGAAGCAGUUUAUCCGCUACCUCAUCUCCUCAAACAUUGGAGAGGUUGUCUGUAUUUUCCUGACUGCUGCCCUUGGAAUCCCAGAAGCCCUGAUCCCUGUCCAGCUGCUGUGGGUGAACCUUGUGACUGACGGUUUCCCAGCCACUGCCCUUGGCUUCAACCCACCUGACCUGGACAUCAUGAAGAAACCCCCACGUAACCCAAAGGAGGGACUUAUCACUGGAUGGCUCUUCUUCAGAUAUAUGGCCAUUGGAAUGUACGUUGGUUGUGCAACUGUGGGAGCCGCAGCCUGGUGGUUCAUGAUCUACGAGGAAGGACCCAAGCUCAACUACUACCAGCUGACUCACCAUAUGCAAUGCCCAGCAGAGCCUAAGAAUUUCCCCGAUCUGGACUGUAACAUUUUUAGCGACCCUCACCCCAUGACAAUGGCUCUAUCAGUGUUGGUCACCAUAGAGAUGCUAAAUGCUCUCAACAGUCUGAGUGAGAACCAGUCACUGUUGGUGAUGCCACCCUGGACAAACAAGUGGCUCUUGGGGGCCAUCGGUCUUUCCAUGGGACUCCAUUUCUUCAUCCUCUACACAGAUGUCAUGGCAACAAUCUUCCAGAUCACGCCCCUUGGAGUGACAGAAUGGGUCGCGGUGAUGAAGCUCUCCAUACCAGUCAUCAUUCUUGAUGAAACUCUCAAGUUUAUUGCGAGAAAGUUCACCGAUGGCUUGUGUAAUCUUGAGGAUUAAUGAGUACCUGUCAAGUUGCUUGUGAAAAGCACACAAAUUUAAAAAAAAUGCCAGGAGUGUUUUGAAGAAGUAGACGUUUCGUAGUGUGUUAGGUUGUCAAGAAAACUGCUGUAUUCACCACCCACAAGAUCCUCAUUGGUUACAUAGCAACAGUAUCACAUGGUGUCAUUCUGAAUUUUUAUUGGACUAUUGUAAAUCGAUGUCAUCACAUUACCCAUGAUGCAAUGUCAUGGGGGAAAAAUGCAAAUUGCAAAAAAGCCUUCGAUAUUGAAUAUGAAGAAAACUUAAAAACUAUGAAACUGUGCUUGGGCAAAAAGAUCUACAAAGCAAUGUAACAUUAACAAAUAUGGCAGCCAGCUUGCAUAUAAUUAAAGUGAUUAUUGUGCGGUUUUUUUUUAGUGUUUUUAGUGUUUUUUGCACUAUAGUGAAAUAACUCAAUAUUAUACAAAUGUAGUGUCUUUGAUUGUUGUUAACAACAUUGCUUGAUUUGCAUCAAAUAUGUGGAUUAUAACUGAAUGCUGUAGAUUUUAGUAGGAAAUAUUUGUAGAAUAGACUUACAUAUGCAAUUAUUCUAUCUAAUAAAAAUUGCAUGUGGGAAAAAUGAUGCUUGAAAUGUUUUCAAAAAUAUAAUGUUACAGUGAAAGUGAAACAUUAUGAACUUUUAAUCUGGAAAUUUAAACAAGCAUGAUAUUUUCAAUUGACGAUAACAAUAUAACAAGAGAUGAUUGGAGGAUGUGAUAUUAUUUUUUAGUUCCAAUGAGCAUAGAAGACAACCGCGAGUUUGGCCGGUACCAUUAAACCCUUGCUCACACUAGAAAUAGGGAUAAAAACGAAGAAACCACCAUCUACAGAUCACUGCCAACUUUCGACAUGUAGAUAACAAAAAAAUAAAUUGAAAUCAGCCACCUUAUCUUGAAUUGACAUUAAAGUAUCUUGAAAGAUUUCAAUUUAGAAACAUCGGUGCAGCGGUAGUUAGGACUGUUUGAGAAGACAUAGUUGUUACCCCGUCAGUGUUUUACCAUGUGAGCUGACUGUUUGUUUAGAAUACCUCAGCCUCCAGUGUGUAGUUUGUUUGGCCCCGUGCAGCAGAGGACACGCAAAACAACAUGACAAAAUCAUCAGGCUUCGUUACUCAACCAUAAUUUCGAGUGCAAUGCCAUUUUCGUACGAAGAAACAACAACAAUUAAGAAAAAAUAACGCUUCACAAGUUAAAGAGGGCUUGAAAUUGGGUCAGACAUUAUUUUUAAUCAUGUAUUUAAAAAUGUGCGGGACUCGACUGAAUGCCAAAUGUGGUCGUAAAAAUCAAAAAUUCAUUCCAUUGUAUAUAUAUAUAUGAUGGUCCUGUUUUGAUCUUUUCUUUGACUUGUGCUAGUGAUGCCAACUUGACUCAGCAUUAUAGCAAGUUGCUGAACAAAAACAUUAAAAACAAGCUGUUUUCAGCAAGAAAAGAAAACAUGUUCAGCUAUAAGACGUAUUUCAAUGUUUACAUCGAACAGUGUUUAUACAUUGUAUUUAAUAUUUCCCAUUGUUAAUUUAUCAGCGUGAUAUGUAUUUAAUUAGCUCAGAAUAUUGUUUUAUUGACUUGUGUGUUGCUUAAUAUUAUUAAAUAUAUUAUUAUUGUAUUUUUUUUUCUAAAUUUUAUCUGUGUUGAAUAUUAUAUGACAGGUCUAGUGUAAUGACUCAAAGCAUCCAUUAUUAUUGUUCAUAUAUCAUGUAACAUCGGCUCAGUCUUGCUGCUUUGCCGUAAGGAAACCAUAAGGGGAAAGAAGCGUUGAAGGAAAGUUGAGGGAUUGUAUAGAAAUUGAAUGGUAACUGGAUGGCAGAGAGUGAAGGUUGGCAGACAAAGUGUUACAGGUGUAAACCCACUGUCCUUAUUCCGUUCAUUGAAACGUUUGUACCAUAUCUCAUCCUGUAAAUUAUUAUUUCCUUAUUAAUCGGGAAGUUUAUUUUUAUGUGAAAUACACAUGUAUAUAUACAGAUGUAAGGCCCUUGUUUGCAGCAGAAGAGACUUAAUAAAUGUCCGAAAGUGGUAAUAUAUAAAUGUAGCUCAGAACAACUGCGUUCCCAGGUGGUAUGUUAAAAAGUAUUUUAUUAUUCAUUUAGCCUUUCAGUUUGUUAAAGAAAGUGAUUGGCUUCUCCCUAAUUUUCAAAUUGACAGAGAUUUUCGCAUAAUACCUGACCUGUGCAUUGAUGAAAGCGUGAAGUGGCUGCCCAAACCAGUGUAUUAAGUGUAUAAAAGUAUUGCCAAGUUGGGUGAAAGAAUGUGUCAGAAAGAGUGAAUGAGCUGUUACUUUGAUGUUUUCUUUCCAUUUAGAUGUACCAUAUAAAGUAGAGGCUUAGAGUCUCUUAUCUAAGUGGAUGUAGCAUCUACAAGGUGGCGGUCUACUGUUGGUUGGCCACAUUGUCAUGUUAACAUCUGUAGGUUUUGCCAUCAGUGUGCAGUAACAAAUCUCAAUACUUCCCGUGUCCUGGCUUGGCCACCAUGUUUGUACCUCAUUUGUAUUUUGAACAUUGAGAUCUUGUUACUGUAACUGAUGAUUUUUACAGUUUUUAUCCUGUGUUUUAGGCAUGAGGCAGCUUCUAUGAAAUCCGUUAUUGUGUCAAUGAAAAAACAACAUUUGUGGUUAUAAAAUUGAAACAGUAACCAUAUUUAUCUCUUGUAAAAUCUGAUUAAUCUUUAUAAACUUGGGCUGUUCUCUAACAUCAGCAACUUGAUUGUAUUCAUAUACUAGUAAUUGUUAUCUUGAUUUAUUCAGAAACUUACUUAUGCAAGUCUGCCAAAAUGUGAUUAAAACACUCAAGGAAAAA